AUGUCCGGCGCAAGGCAUUGGGAGCAAGACAAAGAGGCCACCGUCUACAUCGGAAACCUCGAUGAACGGGUCACAGAUAGCCUGGUAUGGGAGCUGAUGCUGCAGGCCGGGCGCAUCGUUAACGUUCACCUACCGAAAGAUCGAGUCACACAGUCGCAUCAAGGCUACGGAUUCGUGGAAUUCAUCAGCGAGGAAGAUGCUGAAUACGCGUCGCGAAUCAUGAACGGAAUCCGCUUGUAUGGAAAGCCCAUCCGCGUCAACAAAGCAUCGGCCGACAAGCAAAAGUCGGUGGAGAUUGGAGCAGAGCUAUUCGUCGGCAAUCUUGAUCCCAUGGUUACGGAACAAGUUCUCUAUGAUACGUUCAGCCGCUUUGGAAACUUGGUCAAUAUUCCCAAGAUUGCGCGAGAUGAUAACAAUCUGUCAAAGGGCUAUGGAUUUGUGUCUUUCGCCGACUUCGAGUCUUCAGACGCGGCCAUAACCAACAUGAACGGCCAAUAUCUUAUGAACAAGCAGGUCUCCGUGCAAUACGCCUAUAAGAAGGACGGGAAAGGUGAACGCCACGGUGAUGAAGCAGAACGAAUGCUGGCAGCACAGGCUCGCAAACAUAACGUGCGCCCGCCGACCCAGCCGCUACCUCCUCAAUUCUCCAACCCAGGGACACCUAUGGUGCCUGCUGCGAUGGCCAAUGGUGACAGCUCUCGGCCAAUGAGUACUAAUCCACCGGACCUUAAUAUGGGCAGAGGCAUGGCUCCUCCGAAUGUACCGUUCCAAAACGUACCUCCUCCACAAGCAAGCCGACCGGUUCCACCUGCUUCUCUGGCGAACCCACCCCCCGGUUUACCAGCACGGCCGCCGCCUUCUCAGGCCGGAUAUGGGGGGCCGCAGUCUUUCCUCCCACCGGGAUUCAAUGGUGCUGGUCAGCAACCUCCCUUCCCUCAAGCAGCACCUCCGCCAGGCUUCGCUCCCCCAGGGUUCGGUUCACCGGCAGGAACUCCUGGUCCUCCACCUCCGUUGCCCCCGGGAUUCCAGCAACCUGGCUAUGGCCGCGGGCGCUGA